AUGAACGGCAAGUGUAAAGUUUGUCCGCUGACCUUCUUCUCCAAAUCUGACAUGCAAAUUCACUCCAAGACGCACACGGAGGCGAAGGCUCACAAGUGUCCUCACUGCACCAAGACCUUCGCCAACGCAGCCUACCUGGCCCAGCACCUGCGCAUCCACCUGGGCAUCAAACCGUAUCGCUGCUCCUACUGCGAGAGAUGCUUUCGCCAGUUGUCCCACGUGCAGCAGCACACCAGAAUCCACACAGGUGAGCGGCCAUACAGAUGUGCCCAUCCUGGAUGUGAAAAAGCUUUUACCCAACUGUCUAAUCUGCAGUCUCAUCAGAGGCAGCACAACAAAGACAAACCCUUCAAAUGCUCCAACUGUUUCCGUGCCUAUUCAGACUCGGCCUCGCUGCAGAUCCACCUGUCUGCACACGCCAUCAAAAACGCCAAGGCCUUCUGCUGCAGCAUGUGCGGCCGGGCGUACACCUCAGAGACGUAUCUCAUGAAGCACAUGUCCAAACACGCCAUGGUGGAGCAUGUUGUGUCCCAUCAUUCCCCUCUGCACAGGACUGACUCUCCCACCAUUCCUAUACGGAUUUCCCUCAUCUGAGCCCCGCAACCCAACUCCUGCCCUCAUUUCAGACUCUUAA